GCACUCGUUCUCGUCUGUUGGGCAGAGAAAAGAAGACGGGGCGUUAUUAUCCGAUAUUAUCCGAAGAUCGGAGAUAGAAUGAACGACGACGAAGGACGCGAGCCGCAGCGCGUUGCGUCACUGCGCGCCGAGAUCGCCUCUGGAAAAGCAAUGAAGCGCAUCACGCUUUCGGCUCGUCGCCUCAGCGCCGCCGACAGGAAGAGCGAUCCACGAACCUGGAACCUGGCAGUUGCAUCCGCCGAAGCCGUCGUUGCAGUGGCAGACCGAGUCGAGGCAAACUCCGUUCUGGCACACGGUGCCGUCCUCCUUCGUGCAGUCAUCUGCGAACGGGCGAAACAAUAGAAACAAUUAGUACAUACAUGUGAUUGCGGCUCAUCGAGACUCGCGCGCAUGCACAUUUUUCGGAAACGCGAGACGCGUAGCUCUAGGUGCGAAAUAUGAACGGAUUUCUCGACCGCGAAUAUAACCGUACGCGUAUGCGCGAACGAUAAACUGGAUUUAUGGCUAUUGUGUAACAGUACACUCGAGAACUUUACGACGGCUAUUUGCAUAAAUAUUUAAAAACGGCUCGCAGCCCUGCUCUUUCAGUGUUCUUCCGCGUUGAGACUUUUCUCAAUCUUCUUUUUCGUUUAUAAUGUCGCUGAAAUGAAACGCCUCUAUUACGAUGUAUAAUUUUCAAUUUGUGAAAUUUGGUCUGCUUCAAAGAUUACAUUAAAUUACAUUUGCCUGGAAUCGAUUUUCGAACAUUAUUAUUUUCGGAUGCGCAUCGGGAUUAUGCACACAAUUGUAGCUAGAUUGACAGCAGCUAUUCCGACAAUUACAUAAGAACGUAAACAGAACCAUUAGCUACUUGUGUAUAAGCUGCUGCGAACGAGGCCGCGCGUGCGGCUAGAGAUGGGAGAUCAUCUUCCGCGAGCCGAAGACGUUUAACCUAUAACCCCCUCAACGCGUUCGAAUAGCAACGCUAGCUAGACAGUCUCCACUUUUGGAUCUGAAGGACGCGGGUUCGAUUCCUGGCCAUGGGAAGGAGUUUUUUCAUUAAAUAUACUUCAAUUUGUUACCUUAUUGUAAGACGACUGAUAAAUAUACGCGAAUGUUUACGAAGUAUCUACCACAAAACGAUAAAAACUAAGCAGUACGACUCGAAUCGUCAAACGUGAAUGACUGGACUAUAUCGUCAUUCCCUACAUUGUGCAGUUUUGUGGUUGUUUAGUAAUCGCAAUCAAUAUUAAGAUGUCAUUGAACAUUCCCGACAAAGUUAAUAUAGAAGAUUUUGUCAUUGAAAACAACAUCAUAAGGGGUGUUAAUCAGGAUUUCGGUGAAUGUUGUGGUAUUGGCGAACAUCUUCUAAGCACUUUGAGUAGCAAGCCAGACCAUGUCGCUCAGAUUGAAGCUGAAACAGGAAAGCAAACAACUUUUGCGGAAAUGAAAGAUCGCAGUGUUCGCUGUGGUAUAUGGUUAAAAAAGCAAGGAAUAGGCGCCAACGACAUUGUUGUAAUUUGCUCGAAAAAUAACUUAGACUUGUAUGCUCCAAUGUUUGGAACUUUCUACGCUGGUGGCACCUUUUCCGGAUGGAGUCCGUUUAUUGCAUCCCCGAAACCGGUGCAACGUCUAAUGAAACUGUUCAAACCAAAGAUCGUAUUUGCGGGAGAAGAUGUGGUCGAUAUACUGCAUAAAGCAGCUAAACUUGAAAAUGUUAAAACUAAAUUCGUUGUAUUUGGCAGACAUUCAAAUUUUAAAACUUUUCACGACAUUAUAAAGAUACCAUCUGAGGAAGAUGUGCAUGAUUUUCGUCCUGAAAAAGUAAAUCUCAAAGACAAUGCUGUGAUAAUCUUAACAUCUGGCAGUACUGGUUUCUCAAAAGGUGUCCAGCACAACUACGAAAAUUUAUUUAAAAUUAUAGUUGGGUUAACUCCGUAUCCAAUGGCUGGUGUAGCUCUGUGGUACUCAACUUGCGACUGGGUAACUGGUGUUACCUUUGCAUUGCAAUCUGCAUUACUGAUUGGUACCAGAAUUAUGCACACGCAAUUCGAUGUAGAGGAGACUUGUAAGGUCAUUGAAAAGUAUAAGGUCAAUCUAAUGCUAGCGUCUUCCAUCAUAAUGGCUAGCAUGCUAAAGUUAAACGUUUUUAAAAGGUACAAUCUUCAAUCCUUAACAUUUGUGUGCACGGGUGGUUCUAAAACAAACGCUCUGGCAUUAAAAGGAUUUCAUGAUGCUCUGCCAAAUGGCUUAAUUGUUCAAAUGUACGGAAUGACGGAAAUAGGGCGAUGUAUUGCAUCCCAAACUGAGAAUAGCAAAAGCAUAGGUUCAGCAGGAUUCGUUAUAUCAUGCAAUCAAUUAAAGAUUGUCGACAUAGAUAAUGGUGAAUCACUUGGGCCUAAUAAACCUGGCGAAAUUUGUAUCAGGUCGCCAACAAUGAUGACUGGGUAUUUCAACAAUCCUGAGGAAACUAAAAAAGUUUUGGACAAUGACGGCUGGCUGAGUACUGGAGAUAAGGGAUUUUAUGACGAAAAUGGAGAAGUACACGUGAUUGAGAGAUUAAAAGAGAUGAUGAAGUAUCGAAACCAUCAAAUUUCGCCAUCUGAAGUUGAACAAGUUCUACUAUCUCAUCCUGCAGUAAUGGAAGUUUCAGUGAUUCCCAUCCCUCACUAUUUAGAUGGAGAUUGGCCAAUUGCUUUUGUUAAAAAAGUUCCCGAAUUUCAAGUAACUGAAGAUGAACUUGUUCAGUUAUCAAUUUCAGUUUUUGGAGAAUUGAAAAAACUUCAUGGAGGAGUAAAAUUUGUAGAGCAGUUGCCCAAGAUGCCAAGUGGAAAAAUCAACAGAUCUUUGCUAAAGGAAAUGGCAAAAGCAAUGUCUGUCAAUUCAUAGAUAUCGCAAUAUUAAUUUUUAGAUUGUAAUCACCCUGGAAGAAAAUAAACCAACCAUAAUGGCCUAUUCACCAACGGUUGGCCAAAGGCGUUUGGCCUAACCAAAUUUAACUAUUAGAAACCUGCUCUGUGUGUAUUACACCUUUUCACAUAACCCCAAAAUUUCAUAAAAGUUUAUACUCAUUUAAAAUCUAAUUCUACGAUGGCAAAACCAUAUUAUUGUUUGAUAAUAAUAAUAAUUUAUUAAAUUAUUUGAGCAGGCAUUGAUGAUUUAUUAUCUUUUUGUAUGAGUUUUAAAAUUGGACAACCGUUGCCCGAUGUAUAGUGUAAAUAAAAAACAUGUCGAAAUAAACGCGUCUUUUGGCCAAUGGCUGCUGGAACUGUUGGCCAGACUUCAUAAAAUUGGCCUGCCGUUGGCGAAUGGCUGGAAAAGGUUUCUACCAGGGUGAAUAUUAUAUCAUUAACUGUUAAGAUUACAAAGAAACUAGAAAUUUACUAGAAACAAAUCCACGUUACAUUUCUUGUUUUUUAAGCAAAUAAAUAUUUUUCCUAAC